UUUGUUUAGCGCACAGGAAGUCGGCAGCAGGUGCCACCGGAAGUGUGCGCGGUCCAGCCUUUGCCUGCAGAAAGGGAGGGAGCGAGUGGCGUGUAAUUGCAACAAGCCUCUCAGCAAUUAAAUCCAAAAUAAGAACAUCAUAUAACACUAAAAAGGUUCCCCUGCUCUUCAGAUUGUCAGAUGUCUAGCGCGGAAAUGAGUGCUGCGGCGCCCAACCACCGAAGGACCAAACCCGGCGGCAUAAAAACCGUGGCUGCGAGCAGCGGCGGAGGCGGCGGCGCCACCGGACCGACCUCCCAGAUCCCGGGUCUGUCCCAGACCGCCGACGAAACCUCCCCGGUGGAGAGGACCAGCGGGAGGCGGGUCGGCAUCUUCGCUUCGGACUCCGAGUACGUCAAGCUCGCAAAGGGAGGGGGACACAAAGGGCUGUUGAGUCAUGAUGACGAUGAAGCCGAUGACCUUCCCACAACGGCCUACAACCCGCCCAACUGGUUUGGAGAUGAGUCAAAGGGCGGGAACAAACCCACGUCUCCCGACGGCGUGAGGAUGGCGAGCCGUCAGCCAAUGGCUGCGCCCUUUGGGACUGAUAACAGUUCGUCCUGGGAAAGCGGUGAUAGAAUUUCCCCUCAUAAAGAGAAGGCGUCUCCUGACGGAGUUGCCGACGAGAUGGAAGGUCUGUCCAUGACCAACAAGUACAAGAGAACGUGUUACGAGAAGAAGGCCCCCCCGGUCAGCAUGACCCGCCUGCUGAGUCACGGCUACAUGGCGGACAAGAAGAAGUCGGUCGAGAACGACGACGACGACGCUUCAAGUGUGACCUCGGAACAGACCAGCACCACGGUGACGGAGGACGUGGGGGAGCUGGAGUAGUGCGCGUCCAGCUGGUGAAGGAAGAGGGGGCUCGUUGUAACACUGCUUCAAGGUUCCUACAAAUCCCCCCCCCCCCCCCCCCCCCCCCCUCGGAUUCACUUGCAUUUGUUGUACAUCCACUGACUGUUAGGUUUGGUACUCAUGUUUAUGCAAAGGUGCUGUGCUCCUAUUUAUUUGCUCUCAUUUGUAUAAAAGAGUUCAGGCUGAUUUUUUUCCUGGUGUUGGUUCUCGCGCUGUGUUUCUUUUUCUUUUCACACAUUUUAUUUCUGUGUUGACGUUUCUCUCGAUUUGACAGACGAGUUGCGCUGAGGGGGAGGAACUAACCGUUAGUUUCCCCCCCCUGGUUGUAUGAAGAUCGAGUCGGUGAAUUUAAAGUGUCUGUGCUGAUGAAAUGUGGUUCAAGUGACGUGAGGUAUUAUCAGUUUGGACCCCCCCCCCCCUCUCUGAAGGGACGCUGGAGGUUUGUGUGUGUGUGUGUUUUCGGCUUCAGAGGUGGAAACGAUCAUUGGUUGAGACAGCUGCUGCCAGAUGUCAGUUCAUCCUGAACGAGGAAAGAGGCCCAAGAUGAUUUCUUUAGGUUGCUGCCCCCCCCCCCCCCCCCCCCCCCCGAGAUCAAAUCCAGAACCGCGUUAUCCGGCUGCUAUUCGUCCAUCAACCAGAAGAAAAAUGCCUCAUUAAGAAAUGCACUGAGCUUAAGGUAGUUCCAGAAGGGUUUGGAUACUAUCAGGUGCUGCAACAUUGAUUCCAUUCUGAUUCUUAACACUGCAGAGUGUUUAUUCAUCACUACACUAGGUCUGUCCUGCACGUUUAGGGCCCCCCCCCCCCCCCCCCCCCGGUGCUUACAUCCCUGUUCUGCCUCAUAAAGCCAAACCUCCUGCAACAGCACAUGAAGGGUUCUGUGAGGUUUGACCCUUAAGUGAGUUCUCAGUAAGCCAACCAAGCAGUUUGUCUUCUUUUGUUACUGCCUGAUCCCAACAAGCCUCCCUCUCAUCAACCGUUACCACGGCAACAUUUUAGCAUUUGAAGACUUCUAACCAUCAAAACACAUUUAAGAAUGAAGGCACCUGCCAUGCUGAUUCUUUUUAAUCUUCACAUUUAACUUGAAAUGAUCUAAAGUACUUUUAGGUUUUAGGAAACUUUCGCUACUCAUCUCAUGAUGGGCUAAUAUUUCUUUUUGUGCGAGACUUAAUUGCAUAAUUGGUAAUCGGGGUAUCUGCAUCCAGGUUGCGUUUAGUUUACUGAGCAUGUCACCUGGAACCACUAGGAAGAUGCUUUCAAACACGUAUGAAACUAACAAGGUCUUAAGACGCCUUAAAUCUGACUGUCAGCACUUUCACACCAUUUUUAGUUUGUUUUGCCUUAAAGUCUCGUGUUGAGUGAGAUCAAGGUCCGUGGGUGGAGGAGGAGGUCAAUGCCUCCACCUCUUUGCCCCCUCCGCUUGCAGGGGACUGAUAGGAUAUCUUCUUUUUUUUAUUUUCGGUACAUUCCAGCUCAACAGUUCUACUUUUAAACCAUGAAAUCCUCAUCCAGCAGAGGAAGAGGAUGGGAAUUAUUUAGAUUGAAUCUCCGGGUUUUUCCUCGUGAAUGCAGCACGCUCAUCACUCUCUGGGACGCGAGGCAGCAGAAGCAGACUGUCGUUUUGAAAAGAGCUCGAAAUGUGUGUCAUGCUCAACACGGCGAUGCAUUAUUUAUCUGUAUGUGGUACUAAAGUAUUAAAGUAGCCGCACUGGACCUUGCAGUAGAAGGAAUGGCGGAUGCGUCGUGUUUUUGAUGUGGUUGCGCUGAUGAACAGGUUCAUUUUGUAGUUUUAGUUCUUGUACCCCCCCCCCCUUCCCCCAUUGCUUAUUUUUUAUGUGCAAAUGUACCAGAAGAGACUGAAGACUGCUUUUAAACAGAGUAUCCCUCAAGUGUUUGGAGAGAAAUCCAGCUGACGCCUCGAUGUAAGACCCCCCCCCCCCUUUCCCUCACUGCACACAGACUCUCCAUCAUUCCAAUAAAUGGGCAUGUGCAUGUA